ACACCUAAAUUCCUCUGAAACCACAUUAAUUGGCGGAUCCUCUCAUUGAAUUUGAUGGGGGAUCCUCCACCACCUCCGCCGCCUCCGCCAAUGACCCUGGCCCAGGCCGCCACCCACCGGAAGAAGCACAUGCACAAGCCCAAGGUGAUCCGCGCCGUCCGCAACGUCUUCCGAUCGCUCCCCAUCAUAACCCCCGUCGUCAAGAUCCCGGGCGCCCGCCUCGCCGUCGACGUGGGCAAGCACGGGGGUGGGGCCCACGUGACGGGCACACUCUUCGGGUGCCGCAAGGGCCACGUCACCCUGGCCGUGCAGGCCAACCCGAGCACGGUGCCGAUGCUGGUGGUCGAGCUGGCCAUGCAGACCCAGGCCCUCCACAAGGAGCUGAGCCACGGGAUGCUGCGGAUCGCGCUCGAGUGCGACAAGAGGGGGAAGGAGAAGAGGAUCAACCUGCUCGACGAGCCGCGCUGGACCAUGUACGCGAAUGGGGUCAACAACGGUGCUGGCGUGAGAAGGGAGGCAACCGAGGAGGAUUUACACGUGAUGGAGUUGCUAAAGGGGAUGUCGAUGGGAGCGGGGGUGCUACCGCCGCGGACGGAGGCAGAAGGCGGCGACGGGGAGAUGUCGUUCAUGAGGUGGCAAUUUGAUAGGGUGGUGGGAUCCAAAGAUUUCGAGACACUAUACAUGUUGAGUCCCGAUGGUAUCGGAGAUAAUGAACUCGACUUGAGUAUUUUCUUCAUUAGAUCAUGAACUAAUAAUCUAUUUUGCUUCACAUCGAGGCAAAAUAUAUUACUAUUAACGUUUUUUGUACUUUUAUUUCCUUAAUUUAGGUUUAUAAUAAUAAGAAUUUUGUUCUUCAUCAUUUUUAGGCAAUGAAGAAAUUAAUUGUUUUGCUAGUAUAA